AUGGAUCUCAGAGAACAAACAGUUGUCGUCACAGCACGCCCAAGGCAACAAAAUUAUGUUCCAUCGGGUUUGCUUAUCGAGAUCGAUCUUCCAUCCAUACAAAGCUUAUUCCAUCUUCGUCAGGAGGAUGCUGCAUCUAGACUGGGCAUCUCACUUUCUAGCUUGAAAUCAGCUUGUCGAAGACUUGGAGUACAUCGAUGGCCUUACUCGCGUUUUACCUGCUCGCCCAAGGAAAAGGAUAAUGGCCAGAACGCAAGCACGCCGACUUCUCUUCCUAGCGAUGAAGGCAAUGCUAACGUUGCCGUGCAUGAAUUGAAGGAGGAGUCCGAUCCAGCCAUGCAGUUGAAACGCGAAAACGAUCACGAGAAAAGCGCCUUUGGCAGCUACGACAUGAUGGAGUUGGACACCUGGCCAGAAUGUCAGACGAACAACUCUACAUGCGGCUACAAUGUUGCAUGGAUCUGUGACCUGAGCAACCCGGAAGUUUUGCAUUGGAUAGAGCACUACACAUCGUUGGAAGACAUGAGAAUAUGA